UUUGUGUUUUAGUUUAUUUAUUUUUAAGAAGUGUAAAUGAAAUUCCUUGAAUCCAUGGCAAGGUGCCAAGCUGAGCGAGCAUCCUGGACUUUGCAGGGAAACACACACACAUACAUACAACUGUCACUCCUCUUUCUCUCUCUCUCUCUCUCUCUCUCACACACACACACACACACACAGCGACCAGCUGGACUUUGUGAUCAACUUCAAACCCCCCAAUUUCUACUUCAAACGCUCCAUUCAACUCUCUAACUUGAAAUCGGAACCCUAGUUUCCAUCCAUUUUCUAUUCUUCUAUCCCUAACCAUCACCUACUAUCAAAUUAUGCACAAAUUGAAGUCUGCUCAUCAAGCUAAUUCAUUUGAUCUCACUCUGUAUGAUCUGCAACUUACAAUGUCAAAUCAGUGACAGCCUGUUGUGAAAUUUCCAUUGACCUAGCUAGCAAAAUUUCAAGUGUGAAAAAAGAGUCAUAGUUUCAGUUGGAUUUGGAUGUAAUGGCUGGAAGUUGGGAUGGAAGUCGUGACAUUGGCAGCCAAUCUGAUGAUAGUUUUCAAUACGAAAGAAAAAUUACAGAGCCUAUAUAUGAUGCAUUCAUAUGCCCUCUUUCAAAACAGAUUAUGAAAGACCCUGUUACCAUAGAAACCGGUCAAACUUUUGAACGUGAAGCUAUUGAAAAAUGGUUCGAUGAUUGCAAAGAAAAUGGAAGAAAGCUCGUUUGCCCCAUGACGUUAAGAGAAGUAAACACAACGGAUAUGAAUCCAAGUAUUGCUUUGAGAAAGACAAUUGAAGAAUGGAAUGCUCGGAAUGAAGCUGUUCAGCUUGACAUGGCCUUUAAAUCUUUAACUCUUAACAGUUCCGAAAGUGAUAUUUUGCAGGCUUUAAGGUUUAUUCAACAAUUUGCUGGAAAAAAUGUUUCAAACAAACACAUAAUCCGUAAUGCUGAGCUCAUACCCUCGAUAGUUGAAAUGUUGAAGAGCACAAUCCGUAAAGUUAGGCUUAGAGCUUUGGAAACUCUGAAGAUUGUGGUAGAGGAUGACAAUGAUAAUAAGGAAAUAAUGGCAGAAGGUGAUAAAGUGCGCACAAUCGUCAAGUUUUUGAAUCAUGAGCAGUCAGAAAGGGAAGAAGCCGUCUCAUUGCUUUUCGAGCUCUCAAAAUCUGAAUCUUUAUGUGACAAAAUUGGUUCUGUUAAUGGAGCAAUUCUUAUUUUGGUUGGAAUGACAAGCAGCAAAUCAGAAAAUCCUUUAAUUGUCGAGAAGGCUGACAAAACUCUCGAAAAUCUGGAGAAAAGUGAGAAUAAUGUGAGGCAAAUGGCUGCAAAUGGUAGAUUGCAACCUCUUCUGACACUUCUGCUUGAAGGUUCCCACGAAAUCAAAGUAUCGAUGGCUUCGUACCUUGGUGACCUGGCACUCAGCAAUGAUGUGAAAGCAUAUGUAGCAACAACAGUCGGUUCAUCAUUAAUCAACCUGAUGAAAAGUAAUGACAUGCAAUCUAGAGAAGCAGCUCUAAAGGCCCUAAAUCAAGUUUCGUCCUGUGAACCGAGUGCAAAAGUCUUAGUUGAUGAGGGCAUUCUCUCACCCCUAGUUAAAGAUCUCUUUGCAGGACCCGCCCACCUCCCGAUGCGCCUAAAAGAAGUAUGUGCCACAAUCCUCGCCAACAUAGUCAACUCUGACUCUAACUUUGACUCCAUCCCAGUAGGCCCCAACCACCAAACCCUAGUGUCGGAAGACAUAAUCCACAACCUACUUCAGUUAAUCAGCAACACGGGCCCGUCUAUAGAAUGCAAGCUUUUACAAGUUCUUGUCGGGUUAACCAACUCUCCAGCCACUGCGGUUGGGGUGGCUGACGCCAUCAAAAGCUUGGGUGCCACCAUAAGUUUGGUUCAAUUCAUUGAAGCCCCACAAAAGGAUUUACGUAUGGUAUCAAUAAAACUUUUACAAAACCUCUCGAUCCACAUGGGCCUAGAGUUGGCGGAUUGUUUGUGUGGGCCCGCGGGCCACCUUAGUAGUUUGUUUAAAGUAAUCGCCGAAAAUAUUACGAGCACUGAAGAACAAGCAGCUGCCAUCGGGAUCGUGGCGGACUUACCCGAAAUGGACGUCAGGCUCACGACACAAAUGCUAGACAGUGGCGAUUUUGUAAUUGUGGUCUCGAGAAUAAAAGUGAUUAGGCAAGGAGAAACGAGAAGCAGUCGGUUUGUAACACCGUAUUUAGAAGGACUUGUGCGGGUGCUAUCAAGAAUUACAUUUGUUUUGCCAGAAGACCCGAAAUCGGUUUCAUUUUGCCGAGAUUAUGACCUCACGGGCUUAUUCACCGAACUCCUUCAAGCAAACGGGCUCGACAACGUGCAAAUGGUUUCCGCGCUCGCUUUACAUAACCUCUCAAAAGAGUCCAAACACUUGACGAGACUACCCGAACUGCCAUCGCCUGGGUUUUGCGGGUCCAUUUUUCCUUGUAUGAGUAACCAACCUGUGAUGAUGGGUUUGUGUCGGGUCCACCGUGGUACGUGUACACAACGCGAUACUUUUUGUCUAAUAGAAGGACAAGCUUUGGCCCGUUUAGUAGCUCUAUUGGACCAUACAAAUGAUAAAGUUGUUGAAGCAUCCUUACGGGCUUUAUCAACUUUGUUGGAUGACGGUGUGAAUAUAGAAGGAGCAGUGAAUGUUUUAUGUGAAAUCGAGGGAAUAAGACCGAUUCUCGAUGUUUUACUCGAAAAACAAACAGAAAGUUUAAAGGAACUGGCCGUUUGGAUGGUGGAAAGACUUUUACGAACCACAGAUAUUGCUUCUGAGGUCUCCGGUGACCCGAGUGUGACCACCGCACUCGUUGAUGCGUUUAAACAUGGUGAUUAUCAAACCCGACCAAUCGCUGAACGGGCCUUGAAACAUAUUGAUAGGAUGCCCAACUUCUCAGGUAUCUUCUCUAACAUGGGGUAGGAUGGAUGUAUGAACGUCAAUUCAACUGGGUCGGGCCUAAAGGAUCAGAUGAAAAAGUUGUGGCAUUCAAACAGGCCGGACCGGACCAAAAGGUGUAUGAUCUCAAAAGUUUUGUGUUAUUGAGACAGGAUCAAAAAGGACAAGGGAAUGAAGGUACAUAGUUAUUGUGGAUGUAUGUUAUGUAGAAUUGUUCGAUUCUUUUUUUAGGAUCAAUUCAUGAUUGAACACAACAAAGAUUGUUGGCCAUUUUUUAAAAUAGAGGUGUAAAACGAGUAUUUAAAUGGAUGGGUGAAGAUGGAUCUGGACACUUUA